AUGGUCUUUGAGAACACUUGUUGUGUUCGUAAACUAGUCAGAUCUGCAGCUUCUACGGUACUUAAGAAGGUCCUGUGGGGGCUGAUGCUUCUCUUGUCUGUUGUCAUCUACGGCUCUCAUGCACCACUUUUGACUCUCUGUAAGGACAAUGGGAAGAUCCCAUUCAGUGCCUCGUCUGUGGUGGUUUUGAUUGAGCUGACCAAGCUGGUGCUCUCCCUGGUUUUUCUACUGAUCUGGGACUGGAAGCAGUUAAGAGUCUCUGUGUCAUGGCGACAAGUGGCUCCUUUUGCUCUCUCAGCACUGUUGUAUGCAGCCAACAACAACUUAGUGGUCCAUAUGCAACUGUUCAUGGAUCCUAGCACCUACCAGGUGCUGAGCAACUUGAAAAUUGGCAGCACUGCCCUCCUUUACAGUGUGUUCUUGCACCAAAGACUAACGACCCGUAAGUGGGGAGCCCUCUUCAUGCUGACAGCUGCUGGGGUGUUGUAUACCUACGGAGGACUCCAGGAUCUUCAUGACUCUCCUGCCUCUGACAUGGAGCUGCAUAUCACGCCUGUUGGCCUUCUGCUGAUUUCUCUGUACUGUAUGAUCUCUGGCCUUUCUGCUGUCUACACCGAAGUUAUCCUGAAGACGCAGGAUCUGCCUCUCAACCUCCAAAACCUAUUUCUUUAUUUUUUUGGUGUUUUGCUGAAUGUGGCCAUCCACCUGUUAAGCGCUUCAGCCACUGGGUACCUGGAGGGUUUCUCAUUAUGGGUGCUGCUAGUUAUUUGCAGCCAAGCACUAAAUGGUUUGAUCAUGUCUGUGGUGAUGAAGCACAGCAAUAACAUCACCAGACUUUUUGUGAUCUCCGCCUCUGUGAUCGUGAAUGCCUUUCUCUCUGUCCUGUUGUUCAGCCUUCACCUCACUGCCUUUUUCUUCUUUUCUGUGCUGCUCAUUGGCUUGGCUGUUCACUUGUAUUACGGAGCCAAAUAGCUGAAGGGAAACCACUGUUGGGGAAGCUGACCGUGUACUGUUCAUGCAAAAGUGUCAGUAGCUGUGGCCAUAUGAUCAGCUUUCCUUCCUUACACAGCUUACUUUCUGUCUUCUGACUGGUUUAAAGGCACCUCUAUUGGAUUCCUUCUCUGUAAAACUGGAGAAAAGUUUUAGUACACUGUGGCUCAUACCAGCCCAUGCUUUGACUAAUCACGUUAUUAGCUACGGGGCAUGGUGUGAGGAAACAGAAGAUAACUACACGGGAGCUCAUUUUUCUGGUGUCGUUAUGAAGAGUUGCCUAAGGAGGCAGGAGAGAGGAAAGCUGCCUGGUGCAUUAACAUGGGAUUCUGAACAUAGCUGGAGGUACCCCAAAAGUAGCCAGAGCAAUGCAUCUUCCAUGGCUAAGUAUUUUCCAGAAUCUGACUUUGAAGCAUUUCCUGGGUCUACUAAGAGGAACUGUUCUUACUUUUACACCUUUGUAUGUGGUGUGAGGGCCAAAAGGAACUCUGUUUUUAGACAAUAUCAGUAUAAUCGCAUUCACUUAGGAAAGGGUCAUUUGAAUGAACUUAAGAGACUUCUGCAUGGAGGGUAUUUUGCCUCAACAUCUCUCUUCCUCCAGAAGCCCUGAUUUAGCCCAAUGUGGCGACAAAGUGCCUUUUGGAAAUUUUAUUCUACUGUGAUGUUUGUUGUGGUCUGUUCCUGAAGGAAGCUGUCACUGGAAGAGAUUGCCUGGGAAACUGAUGAUCUCAGAUUCCCAUAACAGAAUAUCUAAAAGCCAGCAGUUUCUUGUUGCUUUCUCUCCCUAAAAUAUCUUCCUGUAUACCAUGCUUUUUUCAUCUGUCUAGAAGCUAAAUUCAUAAUCCUUCCUGGAUAAGCAGCUCCAUAGUCCACUCAUGCUUAUUAUACACGACUAAAUGUCUCUUCAUUAGAACUGGGCCCUUGGGCAUUGAGACUGCCGUGUGGUGCUACUGGUGUCCAAGAAACAGACCCCUGUUAGAAGUUCUUCCUGAUUCAUACAGUCAUGAUAUCAGUAGCAUUUUUCCAUUUAUCCAGCUGGGAUCUCCCCUGCCCCUUCUGCCUCCUCAGCAAAUGCUGCAGUUUUCCCUUCUGCUGUCACCAGAUCAAGUAUUCAGGAAUGUUCUGUUUAUUUGCUUCCUAUGGGUGGGUGGGGGUGUCUCUUGCUAUGCUAAGUUAACCAACUUCAUGUGCGCACUGUCAGUAUCCAAGGAUGGGUGACUCUGGACUUCAGGCUGGGACUACCCUGGUUCCUUCAUUGCCAUUAGCUCAUUUGGGGAUGGGGUGGCUACUACCUAAGAAGUGUUGGUUGAUCAAUAUAUGUAUAAGCUCAGGUGCAACUAGUGUCAAUUCAGUAUACCAAACAAUGCCUAAUCUGGAUGUAAAAGAUUAAACCUCAUUCCAGUUUA